CCACUACGUGUCUGACCAAAUCAACGUACAUGCAAAUGUGUCGGUCUUGCACAAGUACCUUUCCGAGGCAAACGGCCUUCUGUAUCUGUAUCUGGAACCAGAUGGAAAGACUCCUCCCGAACAGAGAAAGGAUAUCGAGUAUGCCAUUCGAAGGUACUCCGAGUUCGUAGAAAGAGGAGGAACACACUUUGAGUUUGGCAUCCUGAAGAAAUUUGGCCCAGACGACUACAGCAUCGCCACAUGUCACAGCCAGCUGGUGAGGUGCUACCGCAUGCUCAUCGAACUGGCUGACUCUCCAGAGGUGCCACCCGUGUGUACCCCAGAGGAACGACUCGCGUGGUUCCAAAAAGGACUAGAUCAUUACAGGCGUAUGAUAAAACACGCCGAGAAUCAGGUGCAGAAGGAUGCGAAGGGAAAGAUUGUGGAGCGGCCUGAACGGUUGGCAAAUCUCUACAACACUACAGGAAAGUUCCUACUGACUGACAAAGACGACAGCACGCAUCUGCAGGAGGCAAUAGACUGGUUCCUUGCAGCAUAUAACCUUGAGAAGCAGAAGGGAAAGGAAGACUACCCCUUGCGGGAUGCCCUUUUCGGGUUGGCUGAAGGUCUCAAACGUCGUAACCAAAGUGACGACCUAAGGAAAGCCAUGGAUUACGUUUGUGAGCUUCUGGAGCUGUGCCACAGAAAAUGGCCAGACAGGAAGGAUGAUAUUGAGAGAGCCGAAAAAUUAAGAGAUCAGAUAUAGACACGUCUGAAGUAACAAGCAUAACUGGACAGGAUUUUGAAGAAGGUAGUUUAAGUACUCUCCAAGCAGAGGUUGAGUUGCGGAGGUAUAGUAGUAGUCAGAAAAUUUACAGUCUAAGUCUAGGCACUCCUGUGUGUAAACCACUGAAGGUUUCUAGUCAAGGAAAAGACAAGAAAUGUGACUGCCACACAUAGCUUGUGUUGCUUUUGAUAUUGCAUAGUCAUAGUCAAGCUUUGUUUCCAUUUUUGUUUGUGAUUGUGUGUGAGCAUAAAAUCAUUUGCAGUGUCUUAAUCAGCCAUAUACGACUUGUGUGACCUGUGUUUUUAAGUUUUGAAACAAAUGUGGGUGUUGUCUUUGCCAUGUGUUGUGUCAAUGAA